AUAUAUUUUUUUUUUUUAAAUGAAAACAAAAACAGAAAAAGGAAGAGUUAGAAUUUGCUUUCUCUUUCUCGAUCCCUCUCUCUCAAAAUCGCUGUUCCUCUCUCACCCACCGCCACCGGCCGCCGCUCUCAAUCCCUCUCUCACUGCUCUCAAUCUCUCUCCCUCACCUCGCCGUAACGCCGUUCAAUCUUCCGCCGCAGCCGCACCACUGCUCAGCUCACCGCGCCGCACCGCACUCACUCUUUCUCUUCGUCUCGUUUCAGGCUCUCUAAUAUUACUGGAAUCGCCACUGGACACAACAACUGAAAAUAUGACAGAGAGGAGCAAAGAGCUUCUUCAAUUGGAGGAGCAGAACCCCACGCCCUUAGAAACCACUCUUCUUGUUUGUGAUAAUAAUUAUAAUAAUAAGAAGAAGAAAAAAGAAUCAAACACUCAAACUAAGAGAUUCCCCACUGCUCCACUUCCUCCUAGCCAACUUUUAGGGAAAGUUAAAGACUUCCUAGGAGUUAUGUCAGAAGCAAAUAAGCGGCUGGAGAAUGAUGCUAAGGACCAUCCAGAGGAAUAUGAUAUUGAAGAGCUAACAGGAAAUGAAUCUGAAGUUAUUGAAAUGGAUUUGAUGCUUGGUGUUGCUGAUCUUCAUACACCUGAGGCUGUGGCUGCUGCGGAGUCAGCUAUUUCAGGUUGUCAGCCCGUGAUUUCAUUGCCUGCUGAUGGUAGUGAAAUAGACUCGGAAGAAGAAAGUAGUGUUGAUGAAGAUGAUGAAAUUGAUGGCAAUGUUGAUGAUUGUGAUUAUGAAAACACUGGUAAAAAGCCUUCGUCGCUUGAUCAAAAACAUACUUCUGAUAAAGAUUGUGACCAUGAAAAAAAGAAGGGAAAUCGCCGUUCGAAAAAGCGUCCGGCUAUAGUUGAGCUAUCAUGAGGCCAACGGGGUUAUGAGAAUUAAAUGUUUGUCUUGUAUGAAAUCAUUAUGACAUCAAUAUACUGAGAUGAAUGUACUGGAUUUGCCCCCCACCUGGCUUGGAGUCCCUCAUUUUGGGAGAUAAGCUUGGAACUUAGCUUAUGCUUAUUUCUUUUUUGUUUUCCUUUUUUUUCCUUGUUAUUUUGUAACACCACCAAAAGAAAUACUGAGAUGAAUGUGGCCAAAAUCACUCAAUAUUUAUACAUUGGGGUUCAAAUUUACUAUA